AUGCGGAAGUUUGCGCUUGGCUCCAAUGACCUAAAAGCAUUGCCAUCUAUGAGAAGUGUGCCAGGUCGAUAUUCACCACGUGGAACCAAAUGCCGUGCUCUACAUGUAUUAUUCGAUCGUGUCGCUGCCCGACAAGCUGGUCUCACGCUAUACGGAUCCGUCCGACAAAUGGAGCAGCAUGCCGCCAAGCUGAUGCCCAAGAAACUAGAGCAGUGCGAAUCACAAAGACUGCUACGCAGGCAAAGAGAUGCUACAGUUUCGCGUCAGCCCAGAUGUGGUGAUGAGUUCGAUGGGCAUUCCUCCAACCCGAAGAGGUUUAUGGGGGUGGUUCGUGCCCCAUAA